AUGGCAGGAAACCUGUCCUUGUGGGUCUCCACACCUGUACAGAAUGUCUCCGUCUCACCUGCUUCACCCUCUCCUCCGCUCUGGGAGGCUCCGUCCUUCACCGUGGCAGCCAAAUGUCGGGUGGCGGCCACCCUGGUGCUGUUUGUCUUUGCAGCCGUCAGUAACCUGUCGGUGCUGAUCAGUGUUUGCUGGGGGCGGGGCUAUCGCCUGGCUAAACACCUGCGCCCGCUCAUCGCCAGCUUGGCAUCAGCAGAUCUGCUGAUGACGUUUGUGGUAAUGCCGCUGGAUGCCAUCUGGAACAUCACGGUGCAGUGGUACGCUGGAGAUGUCAUGUGUAAGCUGAUGUGUUUCCUCAAGCUUUUCGCCAUGCACUCGGCAGCGUUCAUCCUGGUGGUGGUGAGUCUGGACCGCUACAGGGCCAUCCUCCAUCCUCUGGACUCUCUCGAUGCCGGGCUCAGGAACAGACGCAUGCUGCUGGUGGCCUGGACUCUCAGUCUGCUGCUGGCAUCUCCACAGCUCUUCAUCUUUCGGGCAGUUAAAGCAGAUGGGGUGGAUUUCACUCAGUGUGUGACUCAUGGAAGCUUCCAGCAUCACUGGCAGGAGACAGCAUACAACAUGUUUCACUUUGUGACGCUGUAUGUCUUCCCUCUGCUUGUCAUGACUUUCUGCUACACCCGCAUCCUCACCAAGAUUAACGGGCAGAUGCACAGGAGCAAAGAAUGCGAGCAGCACCUGAGACGCAGUGGGACAGACGUGAUACCCAAAGCCCGGAUGAAGACACUCAAGAUGACCAUCGUGAUCGUCAGCUCCUUCGUCAUCUGCUGGACGCCCUACUACCUGCUGGGCAUCUGGUACUGGUUCCAGCCAGCCAUCAUCCAGCACACGCCUGAGUACGUGCACCAUAUACUGUUUGUCUUUGGCAACCUGAACACGUGCUGCGACCCGGUCAUCUACGGCUUCUACACGUUGUCUUUUCGAGCCGACCUUGCCGACGUGGUGGCUCGCUGCUGCAGCCGUCGGUCCAACGACGAAUCGCCUCGCUCUGUGGACCGCCUGGAUGGUCACAGCGCCGGAGCAGCUGGAGAAAUGGAGUCUGAACUGAGCUCCAACCCCCACUGUGGGGACCCUCAUGUACCCGUGGUGAUCUGA